AUGAGUCAAUCUCUCCGGCCUUACCUCCAGGCUGUCCGGUCCUCUCUAACCGCGGCUCUUACUAUCUCCAACUUCGCUUCCCAGACAUCUGAACGGCAUAAUUGCCCCGAGGUCGAGGCGAAUUCCUCGCCCGAGAUCUUACUCAACCCGCUGCACAUCAGCAGGAACGAAAAUGAAAAGGUCCUGAUUGAGCCGAGCUACAAUUCUGUUCGCCUAAGCAUCAGGAUCAAGCAGGCGGAUGAGAUUGAACACAUUCUUGUCCACAAAUUCACCCGGUUCCUUACCCAACGAGCUGAAUCAUUCUUCAUCUUGCGCAGGAAGCCAGUGGAGGGUUAUGAUAUCAGUUUCCUCAUUACGAACUUCCACACGGAGAAAAUGCUUACUCACAAGCUCAUCGAUUUCGUGAUCGAGUUCAUGGAGGAGGUGGACAAGGAGAUCUCAGAAAUGAAGCUCUUCCUGAACGCUCGUGCUCGAUUUGUUGCCGAGUCUUUCCUCACACCGUUCGAUUAA